UCGAAGAUGGCCAAUUUGUGUCGUUAACGCAACACUAAAAAUAAUGUCGCUAGCUUGCGCGUUACGAAAAAUUUAAACAUGGCUUCGUCGAUUAUAAAACACAUACCUGUCCGCUGUGUUCUCAAAACUUCAGAAAAAUGUUUUCGUAUAUGUGGGACAAGACCUUUAUGUGCAAGUGGAAAAGACGGAGGGUAUGCUACAAGACCUGAACGAAGCAGCAGUGUCCCUAAAAUUUAUACAAAAACCGGAGACAAAGGUUUUUCCAGCACUUUCACGGGAGAAAGAAGACCUAAGGAAGAUCAGGUCUUUGAAGCUUUAGGUACAACAGAUGAACUGUCGUCAGCCAUAGGAUUGGCCAGAGAGUUUUGUAUCGACCAAGGACAUCCAUUCACCGAAGAGCUUGACAAGAUUCAGUGCGUAUUACAAGAUGUGGGGUCAAACAUUGCCACGCCUCGAUCAUCAGCGCGGGAGAGUCACAUAAAAAAGACUAAGUUUAUGGGACAGCCUGUCUCUGACCUUGAGAGCUGGAUUGACAAAUACACAGAGGAACUUCCUCCACUGGCUAACUUCAUUUUACCCUCGGGAGGGAAGAGCAGCGCAGCCCUGCACAUGGCUCGGUCUGUGUGUCGUAGGGCGGAACGCAGCGUUGCGCCUAUCGUACGGUCAGGUGAAGCUGACCCAGAAGUGGCCAAAUUUUUGAAUAGGCUGAGUGAUUACCUGUUCACUGUGGCCAGGUAUGCAGCUAUGAAAGAGGGUAAUCAGGAGAAAAUCUACAAGAGGCCUGAAUGAGGAGCCAUGGAAGAAAGGAGUGGAGAGAGAACAUUAAUAUGGGCACAAUCGGAGGACUGUGACAUGGACAUGCACCUCAAUAAUUCUCUUAUGACAAAUAACCAUACUGUGUGAGACCCUCCCUUUAGCUGAGCUCCACAUUCUUUGUUCUAAGUGUUAAUGAUGACAUAUUGCAUUUUCUCAAACAUGAAAUUGUAAAUAGCUUUGAGCUUGAUUAUAUGAACAGACAAAAGUGCUGAUAAGUAAAUAUAAGUACAUUCACGCAGCAGUGUUUUUCUUUGGAGAAGAAAAAUGUUCAACACCUAGCUGUAGUUCCAGGAGCAGAAUGUAUGGAAUAAUUUCACAAUCCUGGGUU